AUGGCGCCGCCGCCGCCGCCAACAUUGCGAGAUCCGACCAAUGGCGCCAACGACCCUUCAGAGGUGACAGUGACGACACUCAUCCUCAGCGACCACCCACAACACACGCUUACCUCGCUAUUACAGUUUAACCAAAGUUGGGACCAGUACCCGUGGGCGGUGGCCGUGCCCCAUUUCGAAGUGGGUACCGCUGACGGCGCGGUGGGCGUCGUGGGCCAGUUCCGGUUUCUUUCCGACUAUAUCAAUGAUCUCUGGGUAUUCGUCCAAAUGAUAAUUGAGUGGCUGGACUCCGAUGACGCCCAACACCAAUGGAUCCACAUGGCUAGUGAUUGGGGCGAGGUUCCGGCAGUCCUUGGCGACGUUGACUCCGACCGUGGGUUGGAUGAGUAUUUCUACUGGAUCCACCGAGGGCGCGUCAACACGGUAGAUCCGGGGGUCCAGUCAGUGACCGUACAAUUAGCCGAAGACGCCAUUGCCGCAGGAAACACCACCACCAAUCCAAUUAUAACUCAAAGAAUCAUCCAACAAUUCAACCACUAUUGUCUUGACUCCAUUGCAACGAUUACUACCCACGUGGAUAAACAAACGGCUUCCCUUGUUACCCGCUACCCUUAUCUCGCCAACCAAGCCAUCGCCAAAGCUACCAACAAUGACUCUAAAACAGAGUUUCAGGCUUCUUCUAUUACUGAGGUUCUUCCAGUGGUGGUGCCAAUCAAUAGUCUUUGUUUCACCGAUAUUGUCGCGAGGUCAGUCAGUGAGAAAUUGGAGGCUAGUGAUGUUGCUGCUAAUAUGAUAACUCAAGGGAUGGCAUCAUUGAAAUUACCUUUACCAGCAGUUGAAUCAAUUGCUUCAUCAUCUUUUCAGGAACAGAUGAUUAAUCAGGGACGUCUUCCUGGUACUAUUACCUUCGAUAUGGACCGGUUCUGGUCGAUCAUCAGUCGUGACGACCCUGAUGUGGCCACGGAAACGUUAGACACUCAGUUCGCACUGAUUAUUGACCAUUUCGCUGAAAACGAUAUGGAAAAUGACGACGAUGACUGGACCGAUACCGAUGACGAAGAUAGCAACGAUGAUAAUAUUUCUGUCAACGAGUUGGUGGCCACGUUACAGAAUACCGAGUUCAGUGACUUCACCGACUAUGUCAUUAACCAGCAACAGAAACAAGAUAAAGAGGACGAGAUGGAAGAGGACGACGCUGAGGAAAGCGCUUAUGAGCUGGACGCCAAUUCCGAGGGGGAGCGCCGCGGUCUAUUCAUCGAUUACGACCUGUAUGAUGAACACCCUAGAGGUUUUGUUGGCGAUAAAGACGAUGUAUCGUCCGAUGACGAUAUCGUGGAGGAUAUUGACCCUUACACGUGA